AUGGGUUCCGUAUCUCCAACAUUCAAUGCCCCCCCGACAAGGGCCUUCUUCAAGGGAGGACUUCUUUUUGAUAUGGAUGGCACCAUCAUAGAUUCUACAGAUGCAGUUAUCAAACACUGGCACAUUAUCGGAAAAGAGAUAGGCGUCGAUCCAGCAGUCAUCCUAGAAACAUCUCAUGGCAGGAGGUCUAUCGACACAUUGAAAGUGUUGAGCCCCGAGCGGGCGAACUGGGAAUACAUCAAACACAUGGAAGGACUCCUCCCAAAGAACUACGGGGAGGAUGCCGCUGAAAUUCCUGGAGCGCGUGCCCUUCUCGACCAGAUUAAGACAGACAAGGUUCCUUGGGCAAUAGUCACAUCUGGGACUAGCCCUCUCGUGAGCGGCUGGCUGAACGUACUAAAACUCCCGGUACCUAAAAACCUCGUUGUGGCUGAAGAUGUAGAGAACGGCAAACCAGAUCCCGCUUGCUAUUUGAUGGGCAUGGAAAAGCUGGGCGCCACAGACCCGAGUCAAGUCCUUGUGCUGGAGGACAGUCCCGCGGGUAUCAAGGCGGGCAAGGCAGCAGGAUGUAAAGUCCUCGGUCUGGUCACAUCUCAUACAGUUGAGCAAGUCAUCAGCGCAGAACCGGAUUGGAUCGUCAAAGACUUGACCAGUGUCAAAGUUGUUGGCUUUGGAGAGAAAGGGGUUGAGCUUGAGUUCAGGGAUGGGUUGGUAACCAAUUAA